AUGGAAAUCCGACCCAAGAGCUCCCCUGAUCUUCUAUCGCAGGCACCUAAAGGUGGCGAUGUUCUCUUGAGCACCUGGAACUCUUCUGGUGACGAUGCCCCCACCUUCAACAAGUUUACCCCAAAGUCCGCGACCUUGCCCUUUGGCCAGCCAAUUGCCUACUCUGCGAUUGAUGGGCCUACCUACCUCACCGCGCAGACCUUGGUCCAGCAGGUCGCAUACGCCCUCUCCGACAGUAUCUUCUCAUACUCCCCCGAGUCUUUUGAUCUGGAUGUUGCAGUGAAGGACUGGUCCGCCGCGGGUUUCCGAAAUGCCAAUGGAUAUACUACAAAAGUUACGCCUCUGCAGACACGCUCUGGCGCUGGAUCGUUCGCUUUGGGAUAUAUGUUCUCCAACGAUUUUGACUUGACCAAGCGACACAUCCCUCAGUCUUUGCUUGCCUCUUCCUCGAGCUUGCACAAUCUUCGUUCGACCCUUGAUCAGCUCUCCCUUCUAUACUCGGUCGCAAACCCAUUUGUUGCACAUGUGGCGGCGGUUGACUAUGCCCCAGGCGGAGCCCAAGGCCUUGUGACUGACUACGCGACGGCACUGACUGUUGCCGAGGAAUUGGGACUUGGCCUCAUUGCCAGCUCAUCUCCAUAUGAAGCUCAGCACAUGUCCCUCUUCUCAACUAUUCUAGCAACCGUUCUGCCAACUAUUCAUAUCUACGAUGGUGUCAAUAUCGGACGUGACACAUUGCGAGUGAUUGAUGUGCUCAAUCACUCGGGCCUUGACUCUGCAUACAACAAUGUCUUGAAGGAGGUUGCAAAGAUUAGCAAAAGAGCUGAUGCAGAGACUAAGGCGGGUCAUAUCCUAGAUGCGUUCAAUAAUGAGCUCGGUACCGCAUACGGUCUUUUCGAAUACCGUGGUAGUAACGCCGCUGAGACUGUUUUGGUUGUAUUUGGUAGCGUCGAGAGCUCUAUCGCGGGUCAAGUCGCAGAGAAGCUGUCUGAAGUGGGACACAAGGUUGGCACUGUCACUGUUCGGGUUUACAGACCUUUCGCUGAGGAGGCCUUCUUGAAGGCACUGCCUGCAUCAGUUACGAAUAUUGUGGUUCUUGGUCAGGUUGUGGACCAGACUGCAGUUGCUGAUAACUCAACCCAUUCGAACCUGUACGAGGAUGUCCUUGCUGCAACCAUUCUCUCAGACAAGUGGAACGCGCCACCUGCCGUUGUCGAUUUGAAGUACUCGCGCGCAGACGUCUUGACACCGAACACCAUGGCCUCGUACUUCCAGCACUGUGGUGUCAAGUCUCUCGAGAAUGCCAACCUGGUAGAGAUUCUGAGCACCUUUGGGAUCGAGCAAUACACAUUUUGGGAUGUACAAGACUCCGUUGCUUCGACUGCCCCAGUCGCACUUAGCAAGUUAUUAUCCGAAGACUCUGCUAUCAAUGUGGUUGUCAGCCAGACACAUGACAGUCUGGUGCAAGGUGGCACCGUGAGGACUGAUAUUCGCACAUCAAAGAAAUCCGUUGAAUCCUUCUACCCCAUCGAAGAAGCUGAUGUUGCCGUCGUCGGGGAGGAGAAACUUCUCAAGGAGAUUGAUAUCGUCAAAAACCUCAAGACUGGUGGAUGUUUGAUUCUGACGCUUGCGGGUGUGAAGGACGAAGACUUGGAGAAGAAGCUCUCGUCUGCUGUGCGCAACGAGAUCAAGUUCCGAAGCAUUCAAUUGUUCAUCUUGGACCCAACUCUCUCGGCUGCAGUAGAGAAGGAUGUAGCCGUGACAACUUUGGUCACCGAAUUGGCAUUCCUCAAAGUCGCACGGCUUGACUUCUGGGAGACUGGCUUGCAGAGGCUCGCCGGUGUCAAUGGCACCGAAGAUCUACUGAAUGAGGUUGCUGCUGAUCUGGACAAUGUUGUCCGACAAAUCGAGAUUCCAGAAUCCUGGGCUGAGGUCGAUGUUGAUUCCGAGUCCCCUGAGCUUCCACGUAACAUCAAGGCCAGCAGCUUCACUUGCUUCGCUCAGGAGGAUCUUGAAGAGCCCGCUCUCCUCAGGAACUGGCAAUCCGUCGCCAAAGGUCUUGCGUUCAAGGAAGCAUAUGGAACUAAGAGUGCUCUCAGGCCAGAUCUUUCCACCAAGACAUACGAGAUCACUGUUCAGGAAAACCGUCGUCUAACGCCUCUCACCUACGACCGCAACAUCUUCCACAUCGAAUUUGAUUUGGGUUCCUCAGGUCUCACUUACAACAUCGGCGAAGCUCUUGGUAUCCAUGCUGAGAACGACAUCAAUGAUGUAGUUGAGUUCAUGAAUUUCUAUGGUCUCAACGCGGAAGAUGUCGUCGAGGUUCCCUCCCGCGAAGAUCCAAAUGUCCUAGAAACCAGAACUGUGUUCCAGUCCCUCGUCCAGAACAUCGACAUCUUUGGCAAGCCACCAAAGAAGUUUUACGAGUCUCUCGCAGAGUUCGCCGACGAUGAGGCCGAAAAGAAGGAACUCCUUACUCUCGGCAGCCCCGAAGGCGCCAACAUGUUCAAGCGUCGCUCUGAAGUGGACACAAUUACUUACGCUGAUGUUCUCCUGGAGUUCACGUCUGCCCACCCAAGCUUCCACGACAUCGCCCAAAUUAUCUCUCCAAUGAAACGACGCGAGUACUCCAUUGCCUCUAGUCAAAUGGUCGGUCCUACUACCGUAGCCCUUAUGAUUGUCGUCGUCAAUUGGGUCGAUACUAAGGGUCGGGAUCGCUUCGGCCAAGCUACCCGCUACCUCAGCCAACUGCAAAUUGGAGCAAAAGUCACUGCCUCCGUCAAGCCGUCCGUAAUGAAGCUCCCCGCCAAGGAUACCGCCCCUCUCAUUAUGGCCGGUCUCGGAACCGGUCUCGCUCCAUUUCGCGCCUUCGUCCAACACCGCGCCAUGCAAAAGGCACAGGGCAAGGAAAUCGGCUCCAUCCUGUUGUACAUGGGGUCUCGUCAUCAGCGCGAGGAGUACCUCUACGGCGAGGAAUGGGAGGCUUACCAAGAUGCCGGUGUCAUCACCCUCCUUGGCCGAGCCUUCUCUCGUGACCAGCCUGAGAAGAUCUACAUCCAGGAUCGCAUGCGGCAGACUAUUAGCGAGAUCAUCAAGGCGUACAUCAAAGAGGAGGGUGCGUUCUACCUCUGUGGGCCGACGUGGCCUGUUCCCGAUGUUACCGAAGUCCUUGAGGAGGCUAUUGCUAGGGAUGCAAAGGCUGGUGGCAAGAAGAUCGACCCUCGCAAGGAGAUUGAGAGACUAAAGGAAGAAAUGAGAUAUGUUCUUGAGGUAUAUUAG